AUGACGGAGUUCAGUUUGGGUAGCGACACGAGCUUGAAUGCACUUGUUGAUGCGUGUGACUCAAUCAAGCAGAGCGCCAGUGCGAGUAGGAAUCGGGUGUUUGUAGCUGAAACGCAAGGUGGCCAGUGUGGGUACCUUGCCACCAUGGGUGUCAUGGCAAAUAUGGGACUGAUGGGUGUGCCUACUCAGACCGGUGCCAGCAUCGUCUACACUCCAGAGCAGGGCAUGAACCUUGACACACUUCGCCAGGACGUCAAAUUCCUGAAGAUCUGUUAUGGUCUAGAUGCGAAGGGCAAGAGUGAAGGACGCAUGGUCAUUCGCAAUGAGUGCGCGUCGACGGUCUAUGGUUCUUCAAGCUUCGUUAGGCAACCUCUGCCCAUUGUACAUUUUGGCAGGCGAUGGGGAAGUGCUUCGCGACGAAAUCAUAUAUCUAGCGCAUAA